GUGGCAACGAUGGCGGACUCUAAUGUUCUCCCGGACACGCCGAUUCGGACCCGAUCGAUACGUACGUGACUCCAGGCAGACACUUUUCAGAGGACAUCAAUGGACAAAUUUGCGGGGAUUACGACGGGCAGCUCGAGUUGGGUGCCUGAAAGCUGGUAUUUACACAUCUGAGUCGUGCGCCAUCUGCUGCUCGAAUCCCGUCGCAUCAUCUCCUGCUCGGACGUCUAUCUACCAAUUUUGGCUGGGUCUUUGUCAAGGAGGGGAACAAAGAACAUGAACGAGAAAGCGGAACUCGCGAGGCAGAUCAACCUCGAUCCUCAUGCCGACUCUGAUUCGGACUCGGAUUUCGAGGAGCGCGAAGAGAUAUUCACUCCACGGACGUCCAUCAAUGGCACGGUCACCUCUGAUCUUCCUCCUACGUACGAAGAGUCCGAAGCGCUGGCUCGAAGUCGGACGGAACAGCAGACUGCCCGUGGCAUUGAGAACCACAGCGACAUAACCGUGUACAGGACGGAGAUUCCCCCGGAUCCGCCUAUUCAGGUGGUACGACCAUCUUCGGAAGAGAAACAAUCGUCCUCGCCGCAUUCUCCUGGACCAAGUGCCUCAGCCUUGCUCAAUGCAGCUCUUAGAUUUACAGAAAACCCUCCCCCAACGGCGGAACGACCGGGUCUACGGUCGCCAGUGGCUGUACCUUCGUUCGCUGGAAAUUCACCACCUGCGAAAUUCGCCAGGUUCUACUCUCCAGCGCUGUACCCUCAGUCCAUCACGGACGGGGAGUUCAUCGAAUUUAUCGACGGACUGAACAGUUUAUCGAUAGCUUCAGGCUUUUCAGCAUCAACAUAUCAUUCACGAAGUUCUUUGACAGCAUCCGAGGUCCCCAGGGACGAGGAAGCCCUUCAAGGCGAUGAUCUCGUGUCCGCGUACAUUGCGCUGAGCAACUCUCACUUCUUCAACCCGCGAGGUUUACAAGUGCAGCUUGCCGACCUCUCUGAGCUGGCUGACAUCCUCAACAUCAGCAAUGCUGCGAUACGGAAGGCCGUUAUUACAGAGGUCUUGCGCAUGUCCAAGGCAAGCAUCGAGGUGCCCGCUGCGGCAAACGGCGCGGCACACGAAGCGGCAGGAGCUCUUGUGCCGUACAUCGAGCCCUUGAUCACGGCAGUUCCGGAGCCUAAGAAGAAUCAGGAGGCUUUACUAGCCGUAGCGUCACGAUUCGCUGCGCUAGACAUUGCAGCCCGAGACAUGUCAGCGCCUGAGCUGGCCCGCGAAAACACAUCGGCAAGCAGUUCUUCCGGCACCGUUCCCCCUCGGACGAAGUCGUGGGGAGAGUGGGGCAGCGACAUUGGAAAGUUCUGGGAAGACAUGUCGGAGAAGCAAAGCCAGUUCUGGACCCAGUGGGGCGAAGAGAAAGGUAGGAAAUGGGGCAGAUGGGGUGAGGAGUUUGGCCGCAGAGUCGAGCAGAUGGCCUCCGGUCCGCCAGCGUGGUUAGCUGGCUCGACAAGCAGGGCCUGUCUAUCGCAUGCUGGAGCGUGCAACGGGGCUCCGUGGGGUCGUGGAGCGUCCAUGUCUCCCUUCGACAUGCGAGCGGGCCACUGGCCCGGCCAUGGAGGCCACCGAGGUGGAUGGGGAGCAAGAACACGAUCAUUCCCAUGGACGCCUCCAGGUGUGUCGUUACCGUUCCAAAUGCCGUCUCACCAUGGCCCGCAUCAUAUGCCUCCGCCGCCAAGUCCUGGAGGUCCUCCAAUAACCCCAUUUCCGCCUCAACCUCCGAUGGUGCCUGGCAGCGUGCCCCAUAUGCCACCCCAUCCGCCGGUGCCGCCGAUGCCAGGCGCAUUUCCAACCCCUCUCGCACCGUUCACACAUCCAAAUGCGCAAUCCAAGGAGAACAACGCCAACCAACCCACACGACGUGAAGAUGGAUCAGGACGGACGAAGGACGCGGACGAGCAUGACGACGAUGACGACGACGACGAUUUUGCCGACGUUGCAGACACACUCUCGCUGUCCUCGUUUUCGUCGUCCUCGAGCUCAGACUCCGAGAAAACCUUUGUGCACGACGACGGUGUGCACAGCGAGCACGAGGCCAUAUUCGCGCAGAAGGCCGAAGCGAUCGAGAAGAUGGCGGCCGAGGCGCGGGCGAAGAACCAAAAGUCCGCGUCCGAGAUCGAGCUGGAGCGGUCGAGGGCGAUGAUGGAGCUGGAGCACGAGUACUCGAGGCGCGAGAUGCGCGCGAACCACCGGGCGCAGAAGCGCGAGCUAAAGAAGGACAUCCACGCGUGGAAGAAGAGCCUCAAGAAGGAAUUCAAGGCCAGCAAGAGUAUGGACAAGGCCCAGCGCAAGGAGUGGAAGCGGACCAGGAAGGGCGAGUGGAAGGCGUUCAAGGCGCAGCUGAAGGAGCAGCACAGGGCGAUGAAGGAGGAGCGCAGGGCUAAGAAGAGAGAGAUCAAGGAGCUCGCGAGGGCCGCCAAGCGGGAGGGCAAGAAGAAGGACUGGGAGAACAAGCGGGCCGGGUGGGACGAGCGGAGAAGAGAGUGGGAGGAGAGACGUGCGGGAGGCCGUCGUCGAGGUGGUCGACGUGGGGGGGACAGCGGCCUUCGAGGCGGAUCGCGGGGCUUUGGUGGCAGCGCGGAGACCUUGGAUGAGGACGUGGAGACACAAGCCAGGCAGAUGCUUUGGAUCGUCGUGACGAGGCUCGAACAGUGAGCCCGCGCGCGCGGUUAUGAUAUCAGACACAAUGUAUCAGUAUAGUGAUGUGCAACGACCUCGACGCUCAAUCAGGAACAUGAAAAGGGAGGGUCUGGAUGAGAGAGGAAAAAGAAUAAAAAAAAAGUCACCCUUCCCUCUCUUGAAAAUGACCAUUGUUUAACUA